AUGAGUUUUUUCGCCAAGUUCAAUAAGACCGGAACGACACCAAUCACUCCUCAGAAGUUUACGGUGAAGACUAUUAAGGUGGCCUCCGAACCGAAGUCUAAACCGACAGAGCUUCUACCAAACAGAUCUGUUUCUGCAGUGAGGGGGGAUGGGGAGUCGAAGCGUGAUAACGGUCGGGCCACACCACUGCACCAUCCUAGUUCCAAACGCCUGACAUCUUCGUCCCGGAAACGUAAACAUUUUGAGCAGUCUAAAGGCCCUUCUUCGUCGGCGCCAGAUUUGCUGAGACCUCCCAGUCCUGGGUCGUUAGCAUCCUCGAGAAACCGCUACAGGCACUCCUCUUCAAGAUCGCCAUUAUCUUUACGCCUCGAGUCAAGUGACGAAAGUUCCAGCGAUGGCGACAACACUGACGAGCGAGCAACCAAGCGUUACAAAAGUGUAUCGCCUGCUGCUCCAACACAAUCCCGUAACAGGAACCUAGUGAACCCACUGAGCUUUCGGAGUAUCUCAACAUCAACCAAUUUAGAGAAUAGCUCAUUUGUUCAUGCGGAUCAGAUCGCCAGCAUUGGCAAUAAGACCUGGGGAAAGAAUAGUACGCGCGUUUUCAAGAAAUCAGACAAUAAGUUGUUAGAUAUCAAGCUCCAAUACCCUGGGAUAUCGCAGUCUGAGAGGUAUCAGCUUGUGCAGCACACCGAUACAGAUGAGUUCAACCCGGUAGCAGACAUUCUAACCACCAUGGAGCAUGUUGCAAACCAUCUCCUCACCGACCCACAAGCCGAUGAGAUAUUUUCUGAGACAUCCGGUGGCUUAGUGUAUUCCCUGCGACGUGCUUUGAAAAAUGGUGAAUCAGCCAAAUUUCACGAAGGCGUCGAAAAGUAUAAUCGCCUUGUGCGAAAAUACCGAAAGGAUGGAACUUUCAAAACAAGGAUCGCGGAGAUGGGCGCGCUUCCAUUCUCACUAGUUGAGCAUAUACUUGCUCAGACGUAUGCCCGUACUGUAGCCCCUCAGGUAGAUACUCUGAAAGAGUAUGUUGCGUUCUCGAGCACAGUUUACGGAGAACUUUUGCCUAAAUUUACAACGAAGCUGUUUAAGGAUGCCGAUUUGACAAUGGACAAGGUUUUUGUUGAUCUCGGGAGUGGAACGGGAAAUGUCGUGCUCCAUGCGGCUCUAGAAAUAGGAUGCGAAAGCUGGGGCUGUGAAAUCAUGCCGAACGCCAUUGCUCUUGCGCAGAAGCAGCAAAAAGAAUUUGAGGCCCGCUGUAAGAUGUGGGGAGUCAACCCCGGAAAAAACCGAUGUAUUGUUAGUCAACAAUUACGUCUUUGA